AUGGCGAGUUGCUCCUUCGCUCGCGACCAAGCGACAAGGAGACUGCGAGCUGCAGCAGCGGCAACAGCGGCAGCUCUAGCUGCGGUGGCGCCCACCCCACUUCUUUCCUCGGGAACCCCGACCGCACUCAUUGGGACCGGGUCGUCUUGUCCGGGAGCCAUGUGGCUCUCCACGGCCACAGGCUCCCGGUCAGACUCCGAGUCCGAUGAGGAGGACCUCCCCGUCGGGGACGAAGUCUGCAAACGCGGCUACCUGCGGAAGCAGAAGCAUGGCCACAGGCGCUACUUCGUGCUCAAACUGGAGACCGCCGACGCCCCAGCUCGACUGGAAUACUACGAAAAUGCCAGGAAGUUCCGGCACAGUGUCCGCGCCGCGGCGGCUGCAGCAGCGGCGGCUGCCUCUGGCGCCGCGGUCCCCGCGCUCAUCCCACCGCGGCGCGUGAUCACCCUGUACCAGUGCUUCUCGGUGAGCCAGCGAGCCGACGCAAGGUACCGACACCUCAUCGCUCUUUUCACCCAGGACGAGUACUUCGCGAUGGUGGCCGAGAACGAGUCGGAGCAAGAGAGCUGGUACUUGCUGCUCAGCCGCCUCAUCCUCGAGAGCAAGCGCCGCCGCUGCGGCACGCCCGGCGCGCAGCCGGAUGGAGAGCCGGCCGCACUGGCGGCUGCAGCGGCGGCGGAGCCACCCUUCUACAAAGAUGUGUGGCAGGUAAUAGUCAAACCCAGGGGGCUGGGGCACAGAAAAGAGCUGAGCGGCGUGUUCCGGCUCUGUCUUACCGACGAGGAGGUUGUGUUUGUGAGGCUAAAUACCGAAGUGGCCAGCGUGGUCGUCCAGCUCCUGAGCAUCCGUCGCUGCGGGCACUCGGAGCAGUAUUUCUUCUUGGAAGUCGGCAGGUCCACCGUCAUCGGUCCGGGGGAGCUCUGGAUGCAGGUCGAUGACUGUGUGGUGGCCCAAAACAUGCACGAGCUGUUUUUGGAGAAGAUGAGAGCCUUGUGUGCAGACGAAUACAGAGCCCGCUGCCGCAGCUACAGCAUCAGUAUCGGCGCCCACCUGUUAACCCUGCUGUCCACUAGGAGGCACCUGGACAUGCUGCCGCUCGAGCCCGGCGGCUGGCUCAGAAGGUCCCGCUUUGAGCAGUUUUGCCACCUCAGGGCCAUCGGUGAUGGGGAAGACGAGAUGCUCCUCGCCAGGCGCUACAUAACACCCAGUGAGCCUGUGCCCCCCUCCAGGCGAGGAAGACUGCACCUGCCCAGAGCGCGGAGAUCCAGGAGAGCGAUUUCAGUGCCAGCCAGCUUUUUUCGCCGUGUAGCACCCAGCCCCGUGCGUGGCCCGCACCCUGCAGAAGCCCCCAGCGAGGGAGCUUGCCUGUCUUCUGAAGCACCUGGUUCCGGCUCUGGCAACUCUGGGGAAGAAGGCAAUCCUCAGGGAAAAGAGGAUCAGGAAGGAAACGGAGGCGACUAUAUGCCCAUGAACAAUUGGGGCUCUGGAAAUGGCCGGGGCUCAGGAGGUGGACAGGGUUCAAGUGGCCAAGGUUCCAGUAGCCAGAGCUCUGGAGGAAGCCAGUGCUCGGGCAGGGGGCACGGCUCCGGAGGUGGCCAGGGCUCAAGUGGCAGCCAGGGCUCAAGUGGCCAGGGCUCUGGGGGCCAGGGUGCAGGAGGAAACCAGUGCUCAGGAGAUGGCCAGGGCACCUCAGGUGGGCAUGGCUCAGGCAGUGGCCAGGGAGCUGGAGGUGGGCACGGCUCAGGCCGUGGCCAAGGACCCGGAGAUGGCCAUGGCUCAGGCAGGGGCAGGAACUCUGGAGGGAGCAAAGGCUCAGGAAGUGGGAAAGGCUCCGAAGGCAAUGGUGAUCAUGGGAAAUCUCUGAAGAAAAGAUCCUACUUUGGCAAAUUAACUCAAAGCAAGCAACAGCAAAUGCCACCGCCUUCACUGCCUCCACCCCCGCCAGCUGCAGCAACUGGUGGAAAAGGAAAGUCUGGGGGAAGGUUCCGACUUUAUUUUUGUGCUGACAGAGGAGCCACAAAAGAACGCAAAGAAGCCAAAGAAGUUAAAGACGCAGAGACCCCAGAAGGUGCAGCUCGGGGUCCCCACAGGGCCAGAGCUUUUGAUGAAGAUGAGGAUGACCCAUACGUGCCAAUGAGGCCAGGGGUGGCUGCCCCUCUCUCAAGCUCCAGCGAUUAUAUGCCAAUGGCUCCUCAAAAUGUCUCUGUGUCAAAGAAGCGCCACUCUCGAUCACCUUUCGAAGAUUCAAGAGGGUACAUGAUGAUGUUUCCCAGGGUGAGCCCACCACCUGCACCAAGUCCUGCAAAAGCACCUGAUCCUGACAAAGAGGAUGACUCAAAGGACAAUGACAGUGACAGUGACUACAUGUUUAUGGCUCCUGGAGCUGGUGCAAUUCCAAAAAACCCCAGAAAUCCUCAGGGAGGCUCUUCCUCCAAAAGUUGGAGCUCCUACUUCUCUCUGCCAAAUGCUUUUCGGAGCUCCCCAUUGGGGCAGAGUGACCACAGUGAGUAUGUACCAAUGUUACCUGGAAAAUUCCUGGGGAAGGGCCUAGACAAAGAAGCCUCAUCUAACAGAGGCCCCAAAGAUGUAACUUCAAAGCCUUCAGUUGAGGGGUCAUUCUCAAAGCCUAGAGAUGAGGGAUCACCUUCCAAGCGUUCAGGUGAUGGGCCCCCCAAGAACAAGACUAAGAGACCUAAUCGACUUCCUUUUAUUACAAAAGGGAAUAAAAUCAAGCCAAAACCACAAAAGCCCACGCAUGAGCAGAAAGAAGCCGACAGCACUAGUGGCUACAUCAAGAUUGACUUCCCUAAAAGAGGUAGCAAUAUGCCAGCUCCCUGUAUUCAAAGACUGCCAGGUUUGUGGGGCAUAAUUGCCGACCCCAGACAGUUCGCCUUUUCGAAUUACGUGAAUGUUGAGUUCGGAGUGCCAUUUCCAAAUCCAGCAAACGACCUCUCAGAUCUUUUAAGAGCUAUUCCAGGUGCCAACCCCUUCUCUCUGGACGGUGCUAGGUGGCCACUUCCGCCUCUUCCUCCCAGUGCUACAGGUAACAGUGCUAAUGAGGAAGAAGGUGACUACAUUGAAGUGAUUUUCAACCCAGCAAUGACACCAGCCGUGCCUUUUGCUGACAGUGCCAUUCGCUACGAUGCUGAAACAGGUCGCAUCUACGUGGUCGACCCAUUUUCUGAGUGCUGUAUGGACAUUUCUCUCUCCCCGAGCCGCUGCUCUGAACCACCACCUGUAGCGAGGCUGCUGCUGGAAGAAGAGCUCGAGAGAAGACGCCCACAAAGCCGUUCGCAAAGUUUCUUUGCAGCUGCCAGAGCCGCCGUCUCUGCUUUCCCGACCGACAGCCUCGAGAGAGACCUCUCCGCCUCUUUAGCCGCGGCCGCGGCAACCGCGCCAACCUUAGCCGUGAGCCGGGCUUUAGCCGCCGCCUCCACCCUGGUCGCUGCCCCGGGCAGCGGCGCUGCCGCCGCGGGCCUCGAGGCCGCCGCGGGAUCUGACUCCGCCUCCGUCAGCCGGUUCCAACCUGCUGCUAAUGCUGCUGGUGCCGAAGUGGUAAGAGGGGCCCAAGACGUUGCGGGUGGCUCGAACCCCAGAGCCCAAAACCCAUCGGCAGACCUUGCGGGAGGUAACAGAGCCGGCGGGGCUGCCGCUGCAGCCGCCGCUCCCCCUCCAUCACCUGGCCGCGGCCGGGCGCCGAGACCCCCAGAGCAAGAAGAUUCUGACGACGACGACACGUACGUGACAAUGGACUUUGCCAGACCUGACAACGAGAAGUUCGACUCUCCCCAAAGAGGUUGGUGA